GGCUUGACCUUCCUGGAGGUGGGCUCGGUGUCAGAGCCGACGCGGGCGGACUGCGAGAGGCGGCAGCUAGCAUUUUCACGGCGGGCGCAGCAGCGGGUCGCGAGCCUGGCGACACCCCCCGAGGUGGGCCAGGCGCUGGUGCAGUUUUCCCACGAGGAGUUCUUGGACGGCGGGGAGAGCAGCGACGCCUGGAAGCGCGUGGCGGCGCCUGCCUUCAGCCGCCCGGAGCUGCCGACCCGCCAGGGACGGCUCCCACGUGCAGCCCGCUCUGCAAAGGAGUGGUCUCGCUUCGCGCCGCCGCGGUCGCGGCUGCCGCUCCCCUGGCUUGUGGGUUGCCUGUUCGUGGAGGAGCUGAGCCGGCAGGGCCUCGCGGUCGACGCGGCGCUCACAGCCCUGUUGCAGCUGAUCCCGCACGGGCUCACGAGCGCCACCAGCACCCACCACUUGCGCAUGGUGCGCCAUCUCUUCGAGCGCCAGACACCAUCCAAGACAGGGGUGUUAGACGAGAGCUUGCGAGUGGAUUCGCUUUGUUUUCCGUGGGUGGCCAACCUAAUGGCCGAGCUGCGCCGUCGAACGCCUGCGGGGCAUCGGCUAUUUUCAGCGACGUACGCCCAGUGGAACUACCACUCCGAGGCCGCCACCGUGCGCAUGGGCCUCGGCAGCCUGGGCAGCCUGACACUGCGCCAGCUCAGGCGCGGCGGCGCCAGCCACGAGCUGCACGCAGCCGCCCCCCCGCUGAAGGACAUCCAGAAGCGAGGCCGCUGGGCGACAGACGCUGCACUGCGGCUGUGCGCCACGGGCGGGCGCGCGCAGGGGCAGCUUCAUCGGCUGCCGCGCACCCCUCAGCUGCAAGCCGAGCAGGCCUACCGCAGGAUUGGCGACACCCUGCUCGAGACCUUGCGGCGUGGGUAG